ACAAGAUUACCAGCGGAAUAUAUCGUUCUACUACAAGCUGAUGCCAGCGCAAUAAAAUUCAUGAUUCAUGCACUCCACAAUCAAAAUGAGAGCUCUCGAGAAAGCACUGCACUCAUCUCACUUGAACUUUCAUAAAUCUUGAUGCAAAGGCUGCUAAGACGGCUUCUUUGCUCCUUUUAACAACGCUGCCGUCCGAGGACUUUGCUGCAAACGAGCUGCUCAAUUGCUGAUGGUGCGUUACUGGCCGCCUGGUGGUGCGACAUGUAAAAGGAGGGGUGUGGGUUUUGCUAAGAUCAGGAAGGGCUUAGUUGCUGCUUUUGGGUUCAGAGUCUGGUGGAAGCUGCCAUGCUCAAUUGCGGAGAAACACCGUUGACAUCCUUUCCGCAGACACACAAUGCUGUGCGCCUAACGUCUUGAUUGGCACUGAUGGGGCUUUGGCCGCCAAUUGAGCAAGACUCCUCCAACCUAGGAAAUGAACGUCCAGCCCAGUAGUCAACGUCACUUGUUGUCGAUGUGAUCGCUUGGGGUAGGUGAACCUUCUCCUGCAGACUUGGUUGAGACAGCUCCCCCAAAUUGCCUCCCAGUUCAUAGUGAUCGCCCCACACCAGCUGUGUUUGGGGCAGCCUUGACAAACGUGGGGGAAUUCGCAUGGUGUUGCAAUGGCAGACCCAACCAAGGGUGUCUUUUACUCUCGGAGCUACCAUCCAAUCCAAGCGGGGUCGAUUGACGGCACUGAUACGGAGCCCCAUGACAGAGCCAUCUCACGCGCCCUUGUCGUGAAAGACCUGAAGCUAUACCACCCCGAGAAAGACGUGGCAGCUAACAAAGACCCCUUCUGCGUGAUCUUUGUGGGCCGACUCGCAGAGAAGACGACUGAAACCACACUACAUGAGGUCGCCAGCCGAUAUGGGCGAGUGCGAAAGCUUCGAAUCGUCCGACACAUUGUCACCGGCGCUUCGAGGAGGUACGCCUUCGUGGAGUACGAGAGCGAAGAAGGGAUGCGGCGCGCGUAUCGGCGCAUGCAUCGAGAGGUGGUUGACGGGUCGCAGAUCUUAGUAGACUACACCCGCCAGCAGCUCAUGCCCGGUUGGAUCCCCCGACGACUCGGCGGGGGCCUUAGCGGGUUCAAGGAGUCCGGGCAGCUGCGAUUUGGCGGCCGCGACAAGCCGUUCCGCGCGCCACUGCGGCCUAUCCCGAAGAAGCAGCUGAGCGAGCUUGGGAUCGACCCGCCCCCCGAAGGACGGUACCUUUACCGCUCACAGACCCCACCCCUACCGCACCGGACAGAGCGGCCGUCACUGCCGCAGGAGUAGUCCCUUCCAUUUGCUACGGCCUAGAUUGGCUGAAGACAUCCACGGCCCUUUCCGGUGCACGAGCUUAUGUUAUGGUGAAUUUAGGCGCAAGAUUUGAGCACAGUCAUUGAAAAUCCGUGUAAAGCCUGGGCAGGUUUUGCCGGGGCCGAUGAUCUGGCUUUGACCUUGCAUAAAUGUCGCGAGUUGCCUAAUGUUACUUCCCGGCUGCCACAUAUAUCAUGAGCGG